GAGCCUUGAAGCUGUAAAUCAUUAGAACUACUUUGUUUGAGAGCUUCCAGCCAGCAUCAUGGGUGAUCGAUUAACACAACUACAAGAUGCUGUAGAUCAGCUGGCCACACAGUUCGUUGCGUGCCUUCACUAUGUCAACAAGCGCCAUGACCUUGAAACACUUGGUCCUAAUGACAAGGUUCGCGAAGUGAAAGAUGCUCCAAAAGAAGUUGAUUCACUUCCUCCAGAUGAGUUUCGAGCGGGUAUGGUAGAGUUGUCACAGGAUCUUAUUGUCAAAGAGCAGCAAAUCGAGGUCCUCAUCUCAUCUCUCCCCGGCUUAGACAACAGUGAGAUGGAUCAGGAGAGAUACAUCAAAGAGCUGGAGGAGGAUUUGAAGAUUGCUGAAGCCCAACGCCAAGAAGCAAUCAAGGAGAAAGAUCAGAUUUUGUCUGAGCUUGACAGUGUUAUUCGCAGCAUACGACGACCAUAAUUACGGGUUCGGUCUGUUUUUGACACGUUUAUUGAUGCGUAGCGAGGAGUUCAGGGUACGAAUAACCAAAUGGAAGGCUGACAGCCCAUGCAAACGAGCAUUUUAUUAUUUUUGUUGAAAAACCAUAAUACAAAGGUAUCUCAGCCUAGUGAGCGCCUUGAACGCCACCGUCUAAAAAUUCUAUCAUAUGCCCUAUAAUCCCCUCUAUUUCGUAACCAACCUCAAAUGUCAUAAUCUAUGCCUUGUUUGAAGUAGAUUUGAAGAACUGCGGGUAGACAUUCCGUAGCUCUCGCAGAUGCUGGAUUUGGUAUUGCGAAGCAGGGGUUUUGGGAGCUGGUACUCCCUCCUCAACGAGAUGAGCUGCUGUCCAACCAAAUUUCUUGGCUUCUGUGCAGUUCAAGGCAGAAUCAUCUAGAAGGGGUUAGAUGGAGUUAUGGGUAACAGCGUGGGGGAACUUACCAACAAAGUAACAGUCCUCCACACGCUCGACGCCUGCCUCGCGCAUGGCCUUCUCGUACAUGCGGGGAUCUGGCUUGCAGAGUAAUGGUUGUUCCGCAUAGUUGCAGUAUGUGAGACCAUCGAAGAUGUCCUCGAUGCCCAAGAGGCGAACAACUCUCUUCCCGUGGUUCACAUAGGCGUUGGUGAAAAGCCACACAGUAACCUUGGACUUGUCGAUAUCCUCUAGGAGUUCGCGUAGCUCAGGGUUGGGCUUGAUGAUUCCUUCGAGGGGUAAAGCAUCGUCCACUUUGGCGUUGUAAUCCAGAGGAUCGAUUUGGUGAUGGCGCACCAACCCCUCAAUGGCGAGGCCGUAGUUGGUGUAAUACUCUUUGUGCAGUUUCACUGCCUCAUCCCAAGGAAUCUCCAGGUGUUUGGAGAAGUACUCAUCGAUGAGUUUGGCCAUUAUGUCAUGGACUUUUGCGCCUUCAUUCACUGUUAGUUUUAAGUAAUCAUAAACGCUAAUUUCAGUCUUAGCUUACUCCGCGGAUAGAGGCAGUUGUCAAUAUCGCUGCCGCACAGUUAGCUCAAAGCCUAUAAGAGGUGAAUUUUCGAAAAGACUAACAAGAAUAGGACCGGCUUUCCCGGGUUCAUGUCCUGAGUACUGCCCAUAUUGAAUUUGGUAUGAGUCUGAAUAUUGAGGCUGGGGUUGUGGUUGGCAAGGUGAGGAUAGCGAGGUGUAAGAUUUGAGUUGAGCAAUAAAGAGGAGGCAACUAAAGGUUUUGAGAAGCGCUUCAAUGAUGAUAUUGCGGUGACACGUGGUCGUAAUUGGUACAUUGAAUGGCUAUGAGGAGGAGAGAGACAGUUUAAAUAGAAUUUUAUAGGGAAUGGCGAUCUGGGCUAAAAACGCAAGGCUAGUAAGUAAUCAAUCGC